AUGGAGGAGUGCAAGGUGUGGGACGAUGCGGCGAUUCUGGCUGCCCUGCAGCAGGCCGUGGGCAAGGAGAAGCUUGCUCGCGAGGUGGACGAGGCUGUGGUGGAUUACCUGGUAGCCGUCAUCCGCGGCAUCGUUGCCGAAGAUGCAAACGCAUCUGCGCAGACCGCGGUGGAUAAAGAGAGGGCGGGGGCGGCCGUGGAAGAGGCCACCACGCCUCUGCUAUUGGCCAACGGUCUAGCCAAAGACGACGACCAGGCCGCCGCCAUCUGCCGCGCCCUCCUCGCCGCCCUGCACCUCUCCCCCGCUCCCGCCGGCCGCGUAGCCGAUGACGAGCUCAAGGUGCUGGAGCGACCCGUGCAGUUGCAGGCGUUGAUUCCCGAGGAGCCCAAGGCGCCAUGUGCCCGCGAAGAAGUGGUGCUGCCUCCGCCCAAGGAGGAGGUUGACACCGUUGCCGAGUUCCUGAAGGGCACUCGAGACCCAGACCCCACGACGCGCAAGCUCUACCUGCGCGAGCUGUGUCCGUGUCACGUCAAGCGCGACGUCGAGGUGGUGUGGGACAGGAUCUUAGAGAUGACUAACGACCCCGACCCGGCGGUGCGGUACCAAGUCAUGCACAACCUCUGCGAUGGCUCCCCCGCCACGCGUGAGCUGGACGUCAUCGCCGCACUCGAGAAGAUGCACAACGAUGACGACAAGGAGAUCCGCCGCAAGGUCCACAACGUGCUCACCCACUACCGCAAGACCGGCAAGUGGAACAUCCUCUGA